GAGAUUCUCGCUGAGGCGCUCAAUGACCGCACAGCCGGGCGUCCCCAUUCUCGCGCGAACGCACGGCUGCAAGCUCAUACCACCGAGCGCGUGUUUCGGUGGCGUCGGUUUUACCAGGACCGAGGUAAAGUCCCGGAGCUCGCCUGCGCUCGCAGUGACGACUUCGACGUUUUCACCACGUGGUGCGCUGUGGAGACACGCGCUGAUAAUCUCCUCAUUCUCUGGGAG